AUGCUAUCUCUCAUAUUAAGCCAUUCGAGUCGGAUUAUUCUAUUUGGCCUUAUCCUACUUGGACUUGUUCAAUCAGGAUAUGCAAAGAAGUACAGUGCAUGCCAAGGGAAAUUCACACCUAAUGAGGGGAUCUGUGCAAAAUUCAAGUUUGGCGAUGGCCACCAGAGAGAAUGUAUUACCCCUAAGAACGGAACUACAUACUAUAACCUUUCAAAACUGCCAAAGGUUACAUCUAUCGACGAUCGCACUCGAAAAAUGUCGAGCCUUAUAACCAAUGUUUUUGAAGAAGGAAGCACUAAUUUUGCAUUUGCAUCUUGUGUUGACAUUGGAGAUUUGCGUGGCUACACAUGCGGAUACGUUGGAUUCACAACAGGAACCAAUGACGCCGAAACGGUCAUCAAAGCUUACUCAAAAAAGAAUCCCAAUAAUGCAUUCAAGCCUUACCUUUCCAAAUUAGCCAAAAUCAGUGCCCUGCCUUUCUGUGAUCGAACCGGAAGAGGAACCACAAAGGGUCUCGAGGGGUUCUCAAAGGCAUGGAAGACCGAAGCUUGCCGUAAAGGAGAAGCAUUCCCAAAGGUUCAAAAAGACUGGGCAUACAAUAACUAUAUGCUCCCCAGUGCACGUUAUGCAGCCGCAUAUGGAGUCAAUAGUGCCCUUGGAAGAGCUAUAUUCUAUGACACAAUCAUUCAGCAUGGUUAUCAAUAUGUAGAACAAGACAUUAAUAUCGUUCGAGUUCUUACAUUGACAGGCGGUCGGAAAAAGAACGAGACUGAACAGUCUUUCUUGACUCGUUUCCUUACCACAAGACGCGAACUUCAAUGCUGUUAUCCAGAUGAUGUCUGGCCCGAUAGUGCCACUCGUAGUGAGGAUUUACAGGGGCUUGUCAGCAAAUUUAGCACAAAUAAGGACCUUGCAAAACCAGUCAAACUCAAGAACUUCGGUGUCACAGUCAAGGGCACAGAACAAGACUUGAUCGACACCAGAAGAUGUAAAAAGUAA